AUGGGCCCUCCUUACCACAUAUUCCUAGCUGUCAGCAUUACAGUUGUUCAACUUGACGGAGAGGACACCGCUGCUGAGUUUCAAGCAUUUCACAGAGUCAUGGAGGAGAAGAAGCAGCCAACCGGAGUGCCUCAUUUUGUGGGGAAGAAGGAUGAACUGAUUGAAGCAAAGCGCUCUUUCAGAACACUAGAGGGUCGGGAUAUACUGGUCAUCUCCCACCAGAGCGUCUUCUAUGCUAUUGACUCUUACUGCUAUCAUGCUGGGACAAUACUGCAGAAUGGAGACAUAGAGGAAAUUGGUGGCAAGCUGUGCAUAAUUUGUCCAAACCACAAGUACAAGAUCACUCUUGCCCAAGGGGAGGGCAUAUACAAGGCCAGAGACCCCACGGAAACGCCGCCCGUGCCCAGAUGGUACUCCAAAGGUGUGAAGCAGCGGAUCCACACGGUCACUGAGACCAACGGGGAUGUCUUUGUCCAGCUCUCUGAGGACACGUGCUGGGUCGAGUCAGACUUCUACCAGGGAGAGAAGGGCAAGCUGGAGAGGGCCAGAGCGGCAGCAUCUGAGAAGAAAACAUAAUAGUGAAACCAGUGUUAGGAACAUUUUAAUUUGCUUCAUUUGUGUCUUGCUGAUUGUUUACAUUAUAUAAUAUGUUUUACUAAAAUAAAUAGGUCAUUAAUUGCUGUGUAAAUUGAACAUGAGCAUCUUAAAACUAAAAUAGCUCACAAAAUAAACUUUUGUAUAGGGGAAUUUUGAUUUCUGAUUCUCUGCUCUCAAAUCAGUUGGUGGCAUGAGGUAGCUCAAUGCGUAUCCAUACUCAUGUAUCCCUCUGCAUUUCAAUUCUCCCCAUGUAUUAUGCAUACAGUGAAUUAAUCAAUAAGAUAAAAAGGUUUAUACUGAUUAAUAAUGAUUGAAAAGGGAAAAGUAAAUAAAAUAUAAAGAUCAUACCACAAC